UACUGUCACAGGUAAUAUAUAAACACUCUUCUCGACUUUAGGGUUUAUUUUCUUUCGUGAAGCUCUCUAGCCGUCGCUGCCUACAUCCUUGCCUCAAAGCUUUCACGGGAGCAGAAGAGCAGCCAUGGCGGAACAGACUGAGAAAGCUUUCCUAAAGCAACCAAAGGUCUUCCUCAGCUCGAAGAUAUCUGGAAAGGGAAAGAGACCUGGAAAGGGUGGAAACAGAUUCGUGAAGAACAUUGGCUUGGGCUUCAAGACUCCUCGUGAUGCCAUUCAAGGAACCUACAUCGACAGUAAAUGUCCCUUCACUGGAACUGUUUCGAUUAGAGGUCGUAUCUUAGCGGGUACUUGCCACUCUGCCAAAAUGCAGAGGACCAUUAUCGUCCGAAGGAACUACCUUCACUUUGUCAAGAAGUAUCAGAGGUAUGAAAAGAGGCAUUCGAACAUCCCUGCUCAUGUCUCACCGUGCUUCCGUGUCAAGGAAGGAGACCAUGUCAUCAUUGGACAAUGCAGGCCUUUGUCCAAGACUGUGAGGUUCAAUGUGUUGAAGGUGAUCCCAGCUGGUGCUUCUGCUUUCGCAAAGAAGGCUUUCACUGGCGCUUAAGAGUGUUUUUUGUUAUGCUAGUUUAUGUUUCUUGAUAGACCUAAACUCUGUUGUUACCCUUUUAUCUUGAAGUUUCAGAUUUUAAUGCACUGAUUUUGUUUACUCUUC